UCUAACUAGUUGAAGACAGACGGGGAUAGAUACCCCUCCUCAGCCGGAUAAAGAUGCCUUCCAAUGGGUUUGCUACUCUGAAGGAGACUUUCUUCCAACCUGUCAAAGAGGAAACUAAACACACCGUGGGAGACACGCUGGGGCAUAUUCAAAGAGCUGUGGAUGGUACAAACGUGGAGAAAGAGGAGGAAAUUGAGUUGAAUGAAGAUGGCCAGCCGGUGAAGAGUGCGGUCCUGAAGCAGCCGUUGUGUGAUUGCUACUGCUUUGGAAUGCCCAAGCGGUACAUCAUUGCCAUCAUGAGUGGACUCGGAUUCUGCAUCUCCUUUGGCAUCCGCUGCAACCUGGGCGUGGCCAUCGUGGAAAUGGUCAACAACAACACUGUCUAUGUGAACGGCAAGGCGGAGAUUGAGAAACCUCAAUUCAAUUGGAAUCCUGAGACUGUAGGGCUGAUUCAUGGCUCCUUUUUCUGGGGUUAUAUUGUGACUCAAAUCCCAGGUGGCUUUAUCUCUAACAAGUUUGCUGCAAAUAGAGUUUUUGGAGCUGCUAUCUUCUUGACUUCGACACUGAACAUGCUCAUUCCAUCAGCAGCAAGAAUGCACUUUGGCUGUGUCCUGUUUGUAAGGAUACUUCAGGGUCUCGUGGAGGGAGUCACCUACCCAGCAUGCCACGGGCUCUGGAGCAUGUGGGCCCCACCACUUGAACGGAGUCGACUGGCUACAACGUCGUUCUGUGGUCAAAUUCUUCGACAGUGCGAAAGAAUGCAGAAUAUAGGUAUAAAAUACUCGAUGAAUCUCCAGGCUAUCUCUAAGAUGAUUAAAAUGGAGGCACUGGAAUUCAUUUUCAUAACAAAAUGUGACAAAAACUUGGCACCAUGUUACGAUGAGGUCUGCGCAGGCUUUGGCAUGGAGGCUACCUUACUGCUGGUUGUUGGUUACUCCCACACCAGAGAAGUUGCCAUCUCUUUCCUGGUGCUUGCUGUUGGAUUCAGUGGAUUCGCAAUUUCUGGGUUCAACGUCAAUCACUUGGACAUUGCCCCUCGUUAUGCGAGUAUCCUGAUGGGGAUAUCCAAUGGUGUGGGAACACUAUCGGGAAUGAUUUGCCCAUUAAUCGUUGGAGCAAUGACAUCGCACAAGACCCGCGAGGAGUGGCAGCACGUGUUUGUGAUCGCCUCCGUGGUCCAUUACAGCGGAGUGGUAUUCUACGGAAUCUUUGCCUCGGGGGAGAAGCAGGACUGGGCAGAUCCUGAUGAAGCAAGCGAAGACAAGUGUGGCAUUAUCGGCCACGAUGAGCUGGCAGAGGAGACUGAACUCAACGAAUACAACUACAUCAGUCCGAAGAAAAAGAUGUCUUAUGGUGCUACUAGCCAAAUCAAUGGAGCUCGGAAAGAGAGCUGGAAAAUGAGGAGGGGAAAAGCACAUGAGGAACUGAUAGAUGAUCAGAACAGCUAUCAUUGUGAGAAUGGGGACUAUCGAAAUACAUCUCAGUGA